AUGUCCUCCGGCGAGGAUGCGCUUCCACGGACGCUCACGAUCCUCUACGCUACAGAGACGGGCACCGCACAGGACAUCGCGGACAGGAUCGCGGCGCAAUGUCGACGAAUUCAGCUGACGGCGCGCGUCCACAGCAUGGAGGACUAUUCUCCUGUGAGUAACACACAUAUUCUCACCGCAGUAGCGACAACUGGAUCAGGGAAAGAACCCCGUGCGAUGACGUCUCUCUGGAAUCUGCUCUUGCGCUCAGAUCUCCCAGAGGACCUAUUUGAAGACCUCCAUUUUGCCGUAUUCGGGCUGGGUGACACGGCAUAUGAAAAAUUUUGCUGGCCUGCGAAACUGUUGUCUCGCCGGCUAGUGAGCCUUGGGGCUGUAGAGAUUUGCGCGCGAGGCGAAGGUGAUGAGCAGCAUCACCUAGGAAUAGAUGGUGCUUUUGAGCCUUGGAUCUCACAGCUCCUUGAGAAACUCCUCCUGCUUUGCCCAUUACCGCCGGGGACGUCAAUCAGCCCAGCAGGAGACUUGCCCCCGCCCCGCGUGGAAAUCACAAACUUGGAUUUUACAGGCAUGGACUCGUUUCGGGAACCCAUAGAGAUUAACACGAGGUAUCAUAAAGCGAGGAUGACCUGCAAUAGCCGAAUCACAGCAGAUGAUUGGUACCAAGAUGUGCGACACUUUGAGUUCGAAUUUAGCGAAAAUAUCAGCUACGAACCUGGAGAUGUGGCAAUUAUCCACCCCGAAGCCUCGAAAACAGAUGUCGAAUCUUUCCUGGCCACCAUUGGCUACGCAGAAUACGCCGAUCAGUGUAUAGUGAUUGCACAUACUCGUGCUGACCAAUCUCUCCCAUCCCAUUUACCCAACGCGACAUCACUCCGUGGAAUUUUCACUCGAUACCUCGAUAUAUCGGCUGUGCCUCGCCGCUCCUUUUUCGCUCUCCUUCGGCAUUUCGUCACAGACGAACUCGAAAAAGAGAAGCUCGACGAGUUCCUCAGCGAGGAAGGCGCUGAUGACUUGUACGAAUACUGUCAACGCCCGAGAAGAAUGAUCCGCGAAGUCAUGGAAGAGUUCCGCUCUGCACGCAUACCUGUCAACUAUAUCUUUGAUCUUUUCCCUCCUUUGCGACCGCGCCAAUUCUCCAUUGCAAGCUCAGGGAAGUGUCACCCGCGCCAUAUUCAUCUGUGCGUCGCCGUUGUGCAGUACCGGACGAUGUUGAAGAUUCCGCGAAGAGGUAUUUGCACGGAUUUCUUGACCCGUCUGAGUCCUGGUAGUAGGUUGUUGAUCGGGAUACAGAAAGGACUCUUCACGCUUUCGCAGAGCAAUGAGAGUCCUAUCAUAUGUGUGGGUCCUGGUACAGGGGUUGCUCCUAUGCGUGCAAUCAUCGAGGAGAGAAGGCACACAGGUCAUAAGGACAACACACUGUAUUUCGGCUGUCGGUCUGCUGCCAAAGACCAGCAUUAUGCUAGUGAAUGGGCAUCCUACGCCGCCGAUGGUUCGUUGACAUACCGUGCCGCGUAUUCGCGCGACGGUCCGGAAGGUGUGCCACGAACGUACGUACAAGAUAUCAUCCGUGAAGACGCUCUCCGCGUUUGGGAGUUGCUAGGACCAAAGGGCGGGUCGUUAUAUAUCUCUGGCUCAUCAAACAAGAUGCCUACCGGUGUCAAGGCAGCAAUACAGUACGCUGCGCAGACUGGGGGAGGAAAAUCCGAAGAAGAGGCUCAAGAGUUCGUGGCGCUGCUAGAGAGAGAAGGCCGGCUGAUUGAAGAAUGCUGGAGCUAA